UGAGAGACGCUGCAGUUAUCAGAGGCUGAAAUUUCUUCUUCGCUGGUCAUGUGCCAUGUUUGCGGAAGUGAUUAAAUCUCUACCUCUUAUGUUGUAGCUACAUUUUGAACUUCAUCAUGAAUUUGCCAAAGGGUCCCGAGUCUCUGUGCUUCGACAAAGACGUCUUCAUGAAGGAUGACUUUGACGUGGACCAGUUCGUGGCCGAGUGCCGGAAGCAGGUUCAGCUGGAGGAGAUGAGGGAGGACCUGGAGCUCUACUACAAGCUGCUGAAAACAGCCAUGGUGGAGCUUAUAAACAAGGACUAUGCUGAUUUUGUCAAUCUCUCCACCAAUCUGGUGGGGAUGGACAAGGCCCUCAAUCAGCUCUCCGUGCCACUGGGACAGCUACGGGAGGAGGUCAUGAGCCUUCGGUCGUGCGUCAGCGAGGUGAUCCAAGCCAUAGAUGUGCAGCUAUCCAAACAGGAAGACCUGCAGAAGAAAAAGGUCUGCGUCCUGAGGCUGAUCCAAGUGGUGCGCUCGGUGGAGAAGAUUGAGAAAAUCCUCAACUCGCAAAACCCCAAAGAGUCCAACUCGUUGGAAAUCAGCAGCCCCCCAUUAGCAGGUCAGAUCUUAGAGAGGAUCGCCACCGAGUUCAACCAGCUUCAGUUCCACGCCGUGCAGAGCAAAGGGAUGCCCCUGCUGGACAAAGUCCGACCCCGCAUCGCGGGCAUCACCUCCAUGCUGCAGCGCUCCCUGGAGGGUCUCCUCAUCGAGGGUCUGCAGACGUCCAACGUGGACAUGGUGCGCCACUGCCUCAGGACGUACGCCACCAUCGACAAGACGCGAGACGCUGAGGCGCUGGUGGGACAAGUGCUGGUCAAACCCUUCAUGGAUCAGGUGAUUGUGGAGGAGGUGGUCAAGUCCAGUCCCAACGGUCUCCAGGUGUUGUACUCCAGGCUGCUGGAGUUUGUUCCUCACCACUGCAGACUUCUGAGAGAAGUGACCGGAGGAGCCAUAUCCAGCGACAAAGCCGACAUCGUUCCCGGCUACGACUUCCUGGUCAACUCGGUGUGGCCCGAGAUGGUGAAAGGCAUCGAGGAGAGGCUUUCGUACCUCUUCAACCCCGGCAACCCCGACAUAUUCUACGAGCGUUACAGCGCAAGCACAGAGUUUGUACGCCGGUUCGAGCGCCAGUGCAGCUCGCAAGCCAGCGUGAGACGGCUCAGAGCGCACCCGUCCUACGUGGGCUUCCACAAUAAAUGGAACCUGCCCGUAUAUUUUCAGCUGAGGUAUAAGGAAAUAGCGGGAAGCCUGGAGAACGCCAUCAGUGAUGGAUUACAGGCGGCGCCAGCCAGCAGCGCGUACCACCUUCAGGCGUCCGCGUCGCUGUGGUCUUGCCUGACGCGCUGCUGGGCCGACAAAAUCUACCUCCCGCAGCUGGCCCAUCGCUUCUGGAAGCUCACGCUGCAGCUCUACUCCCGAUACGGUACCUUCCUGGAUGAGGUGCUGACCAAGACCGCUCUGCUCGAGGCGAGCAAAGAGCCCGCCCGGGCCCUCCCCAGCUCGGCGUCGUCCACCUCCAGCAGGACGUCCGUGGAGGAGACCGGCAGCGAGAGCGGGAGUCCGACCUCGCUGUCCACCAAAAAGCUGGUCCGCGUCGCGGCCGACGUCCAAAAACUGCAAGAGCAAUUACCAGAAGUGACGGAAAUGGUCAGACGGCGUUUAGAAGCCAUCGGGUUCACAAACUUUGCGAUUGUGGAAGAGGCGUUAGCGGACUCCAAAGGGUGCCUGACCAGCAGCAUCCCGGCCCUCAGCACCCGCAUGACCCAACAACUGAGCGAACGCAGCUGCCGCUUCCUGAAGAACGCGUCCGAAGUGCCGCGACUCUACCGCAGGACCAAUAAGGAGGCGCCCGUGCGAGCGUCGGCGUACAUGGACAACGCUUUGCAGCCGUUGCAUCAGCUGCUGACCGACUCGACGGGGCUGGUGGACGCGGCGACGGCGCGCCAGUGGCUGCGGGUGACGCUUUCGGAAUGCACGCAGAGGUACUAUGAGACCAUUUCGGAGGUUCUGAGCUCGGUGAGGAAGAUGGAGGAGAGCCUGAAGCGACUGAAGCAAGCCAGGAAGGGCGCCACCGCGUCCACCGGCGGCGGAGGAGGAGCGGCCGGAACCAACGGGGGCCCGUCGGAUGACGCAAAGAUCCGGCUGCAGCUGGCUCUGGACGUGGAGUACCUGGGGGAACAGAUCCAGAAGAUGGGCCUGGACCCGGCAGACGUCUCCAUGUUCUCCGCACUGAUGGAGCUGGUGAAAGAAGCCAGAGACCUCGGUGAACACAACCCCUGACGACAACAAAAAAGUGAAAAAUAAAAACAUUAUCUUAUAGUACGACCUUCGAUCAGGAAGAACAAAGACAGUUUAAUAGAUAUUGUUAAGCCAAAGUGCUUACAGAAUGUCAAACUGUGAUUGGAUCGUGUAUUGGUAAAUAUGUAUAAAGGGAUUGGAGGAGGUGAGUUGAAUACACGUGUGUGGUUUUCUUCGCAAACAAGUGGACGGCUUGUAUUGAGUGACGCAAGAAACUGAGUAUUUAUAUUGCAAGUUGAAAUGAGCACAGGAGUCAAGUUAACAUACAAUUUGUGUCAUUGAUUCCUAGUACAGUUUAGAUGUAGUUCUUGGGAAACACUCCACUCAUUUCUGCUGUUUCACUGAGGGAGAUUACGGUGCUAUUACCAUUUAAUGACUGAAAGGUAUGUUUCCAAGUCCCACCUUGCCGACAAACACAAUUAU